AUGUACCCGGAACCAGAGGAGCAAUAUAGGGAAUUCCCGUUCGGAUACCCUCAUGAGCAGACCGUGGGGCAUAAGGAUGGCUAUGGAGAAGCGCAUACUACAAUGCCAUGCGACAUUUCAGCUUUCAUCCGAGGGGAGCUCCCAAGGAAGCGUGGCCACCCAAGCAAGAUGCUGAGUGCAGCUGGGGAGCCCCUGAGAGCGUUCACCAAGAAGUGUCAGUGUAAAGCACUGUUCCAGAAUACUCAGGGAGAUCGAUCAGUUGUGGGAAACACCAAAGACUUUAUUAACCAAGCAAAGCUGUGUAAGCCAAAGACUGCAGAAAUGUGGUCUAGAUGGUAUAAGAAAGGGUUUCAUGGGGUCAUCAAGGCCAAGUUGAAAGGUAUUUUAGAGCCUAUUGAGUUCGCUCUGGUGAAACGGACGGCCGGCUUCGCAAUCGAGGUAGAGGAAAAGAUUGCAGCUCAGUUGGCCGCCGUCUCGAGUUCAGAGAAGGGGAACACGGAGAAGGAUCCGAGGAUGGAUGACGACGACCUAGGGGCGUCAGGUGGGGAACCCCCUAAGAAGAAGCGGGGACCCCCGUGGAAAUCUUCCAUAGCAUCUUGUGAUUGUGAUGUGCUGGUCCAAAUGUUGCAGAAGCCACGUACGGCUGGACUACGCGUGAAUAUUCGGGAAGAGCUCGCUGGUGUCAUGGAGCCCCUGAAGUUUUCACUAGUGAAAAGGGUAGCUGGCCAAGCAUUAGAUGCAAAGGAGUGGUUGGUGAAGAGGAAUGUGAAAGCCGAAUGUGAUUGCUCCACCGAGAAAGACGAAGACCCGGAGCCGGCGGUAGGAGAUGCCAGUGCAGAUGGUUCUGGAUCCGAGACCGACCGUGUUCCUUCUCCUCACUGUGGCUGGCUGAGUUCCUAG